AUGCGCGUUUACGCUCUCCUCCUGGCCGCCGCCGCCGUCGUGGCCCCUGCUUUGGCCAACUCCACCGCUAGCAGCGGAUCGUCCUCCUCGUCACUGCCCACCGUCGAGCUCGACUACACCACUGUCCAGGCCGUCGGAGGCAGCACCACCGUCGGAUACUACAAGUACCAGAACAUCCGCUUCGCCAAGGUGCCGACCGGCGACCUCCGCUUCGCGGCCCCCGAGUGGCCCGACGACUGCCUGUACCUGGAUGUCUGGGCCCCUGCCGACGCUGUCGGUCGCAACCUGCCGGUGCUCGUCUGGACCUACGGCGGUGGCUUCACGGGCGGCUCCAAGUCGCAGAACACGCCCGAGGGCCUCUUCGACCUGUCCACAGACUUCAUCUUCGUGGCCUACAACUACCGUCUCGGCAUCACGGGCCUCGCCACCGGACCCACGUACCAGCACGAGGGCGGCGACGCCAAUCUGUGCGUCUGGGACUCGACACACGCCUUCGAGUGGGUGCAGAAGUACAUCAGCAAGUUCGGCGGCAACCCGGACGACGUGACGGCCAUGGGCUACUCCGCUGGCGGCUCGCAGGUGCUGUUCCAGAUGACUCGCUUCGGCGGCAACGCGCCUCAGCUCUUCCACAAGGCGUACGUCAUGUCUCCGGGCUACGUUCCUGGCGCGGGCCACCACCACGGCGAGCAGUUCUGGCAGAACGUGUCUUCGGCCGUGGGCUGCGACGGCGGCCACCUCGACUGCAUGCGCCAAGUGGACUUCACCAACCUCACGGACACGACCAACGACCUCGUUAGCGAAUACACGUACCAGCUUCAGCCUCGCGUUGACGGCUACAUCAUCCCGGACACGUACGAGGCGAAUCUGUACCAGGGCCACUUCAACUUCUCCGGUCCGUGCGUUAUCUCGCACGAGCAGCACGAGGCCAACAGCCAGUCCUACGACGGUGUGGACUCGCAGGAGGACGUCUCCACCUACCUGCGUAUCUUCUUCCUGGCCAUCACGGACGACAUGGUCGAGGAGCUGCUGGAGCUGUACCCGGAGGACGAUUACGAGAGCGCCGGUCUGCGUUUCGCCGACAUGAAGCAGUCGUUCGACUUGACCGGCAAGAACCUGGCGUUGACGCACGCCCUGAACAACCAGACCUGGAAUGCUGAGGUUGCGCUCAGCUCGGCCACGCACGGCACGGACCAAAGCUACUACUGGUACAGCACCUACUCGCUGUCGACUUCUUCAAGCAGCUCGUCGGAAAGCACGACUACCACGACGGCCUCUUCCGGCACUUCGGUCACCACUGUCGGUGAAGCGAGCGGCACGGGAAUGACUGACGGCAGCUCGACCGGCGGCCCUGGUGGUGCCGGUGGCAUGGGCGGCAGCUCGUCGGUGAACGCGACGGUGGCCGUCAUGAUGCAGAAGUACCUUCUCUCUUUCGUGCUCACCGGCAACCCCAACACCAUGUGGGCCGACGACAAGAUCUACUGGCCGCUGUACAACGAGUCGAGUGUGGGCACGCAGAUUGUCUUCAACGACACGUUCGCCGUCGCGGAUGACAACCUGGCCAACGCCAAGAGCUUGUUCUGGAACAAGGCUUUGUGGUACUAA